CGUGUUACUAUGGAAGCGUGGUUGAUCGUCGUUGCGAGGGAAACACUAAUGUAGGCCAAGUUGAUCUACACCUUGCGAAUAUGUAGAGGUAGUGGUAAUAGCCCCCAUAUGAUCUGUUAAAUAUACACUUGAUACCCUCUAGACAUCAUCUCUGUUGAUAUUCUCACCACAAGCCUCACCACAAACGGCGUUCAGACCCAGACCUUCAAACAAAAUGGAAGAACUUGAAUUUCACAACAUAAUCAACGACACCCUCCGCUCAUCCCCCACCACCCACACCGUCACCGACCCACGCACCGAAUCCCCCCUCUGGCCGUGUCCCAUUGCCUCUCCCGCCGACUUCGAAGAUGCUGUCGCCUCUGCCCAAACCGCCUUCAAAACAUGGAUGCUCACCCCCCUCUCCGAGCGCCAAGCACUCCUCACAAAGCUCGCCACCAACCUCGAAGACCACCUCCCGCUUCUCUCCCAGAUCCUCGCUCGCGAAUCCGGCAAGUCCCUGCUCCUCUCGGAGCUCGACGUCCGCACUUCCAUCGCCCAAUGCCUUCACUACGCCCAACCCGCCAACGCUUUAUCCGACCACAUCCAAUAUGAGGAUGAAACCGUCAAGAUCAUCGCCACGCACGUUCCCCUCGGCGUCGUAGCCGCCAUCUGUCCCUGGAAUUUUCCCCUGAUCCUGUCCAACAUCAAAGUCGUUUCGUCGCUGGUCACGGGGAACUGCGUCAUCGUCAAACCCUCGCCCUUCACGCCCUACGCCGUCAUGAAAUGGAUCGAGCUGGCUCGCGGCAUCUUGCCACCUGGUGUCCUGCAAGUUCUCAACGGCGGUGCGGAUCUAGGUCAGAUGAUGACGCUGCAUCCGGGCAUCGCAAAAGUAAGCUUCACGGGCACUAUUGCCGUAGGUAAAGCAGUCAUGGCGGCCUGCGCCAAGACGCUCAAAAAGGUCACGCUGGAGUUGGCAGGGAAUAAUGCUUGUAUUGUUUGUGCGGAUGCCGACUUGCCAAAAGCGGUGAAGAAUGUGGCUAGUGGUGCGUUCUUUAAUGCUGGGCAGGUGUGUGUGGCUACCAAGAGGGUGUAUGUGCAUGAGAGUGUGUAUGAGGAGUUUGUGAGGCGGUUGGUGGAGGAGGUCAAGGGGACUUAUACCGUGGUGGAGGAUGCGAGUGUUCCUAGUGUGUUUGGGCCAGUGAGUAAUAAGGUCCAAUUUGAGACGGUCAAGAGGAUCGUCGAGGAUUGUAGAGGGAAGGGGUAUGAGAUCGUGGCCGGAGGCGAGGUGAGGGAGAGUGGGAAUGCGGAGGGGAAUAAAGGGUUCUGGUUGGAGCCGACGAUUGUUAAGGGGCCGCCAGACGAUUCGGUGUUGGUUAAGGAGGAACAGUUUGGACCCAUCCUCCCUGUGAUGAGCUGGUCCGACGAAGACGAUGUUAUCAGCCGCUCCAACUUAGCCAAUGCUGGGCUUGGUGCUUCCGUUUACUCCUCUGACCUGGCUCAAGCGGAACGGAUUGCUCGUCGUCUGGAAGCCGGGGGUGUCUGGAUCAACAAAUCUGAAAGGCCACACAUGGGCGCCUACUUCUCCGGCUUCAAAGACAGUGGUUUUGGCGGUGAAAUGGGCAAGCAAGGUCUUCUGUCUUACUCGUAUACCCAGAGCAUUCAUUUUGCCAAGUAACGCUAGAAAAUAAAGGUCAAAUGAGGACUGAUCAUCGCUCAUGAUACCGAGGAUGGGGUUUCAAAGAGUUUGGCUGUGCGCCAAAUGCUAUUAGACCGUUUCAACCAAGCUCUAC